AAGAAAUUAAGUAACAUAUCACAGGUAAUAAAACAUUGUAUUAUCUUUAAAACAAAAAACAAAAAACAACAACACACUCCUGCAUCGUGUAUCCAAUAACAAAACUACGUAAUACAUAUCACAGAUAUAUUGGUAUGUGAUAUCACACAGGCUUACAAUAAAAUAUGUCACACGUGUAUUGGAAAAUAAAAAGUUGGCUAAAUAUCAUGCAAUGCAUAAAUUCUCAUGCUGCAUUUUAGAAGAUUUAAGAAACGCAUAAUGCGUCUAAUAUACAUACAUGUCAUUGUGACAAAGGGUAAAAAAUUACAGAAUAUACGCUAAUGUAGCGUGAGUUAAUACCAAAGUGUUGAUUAGGGCAUUAGGAAUAGUAAUUAAGAUAAAUUCUAAAACUUCAUUUAGAUACACGUGUGUCAUAUUCCAGGUACUACAGCAGAUAGAUAUUUCAGGAGGGAAAGGGGGUGCAGAUUUUUAAUUUUCUUUACACUUGUCUUUAUAGAUUACAUUGAGAUGUUUUUUGCACUCGAACAAAACAUUUGGCAACUUUUCUGGUCGCCAUCUCAGAGGUAUACGGUCAUCAUGAAGACUACUUUAUGGAUAGUAUGUCUGGCCAUCGUUGCUGUGCACGGUCGGCCAGAAUCUAAGGAAAGAAGAUACGAUGGCCAUCAAGUUUUGAAGGUGUUUCCCAAUCUUUUGGAAAACUUCAAGAACAUCGAAGCCCUAGGAGACAAAUACAAUUUGGACUUUUGGAACCACCCUAAACAUCAGAAUGGGACCUACGACAUUCACGUGACCCCUGAAGAGGUCACAGACGUCAUGGCUGAGCUGAAGCAAUUAGGGGCGAACGCCAACGUAUGGAUAAACGAUAUCCAAUCAUUAAUAGAAGAAUCUAGACCGUCUGAUCGCCAAAAAAGAGCCACUUCGACAAUGAGUAUGAACCAUUAUCAUUCAUAUGCUGAGAUCAACGCUUUCCUGAAUUCCAUCGUGGCUUCGAAUAAUAAUACCCAUCUCUACAAACUCGGUUCUUCUGGCCAGGGCAGAUCUAUCAAUCUGAUUAGGUUUUCUACCGGUACGACAUCCAGCGGGGCACACAAGAAGAGCAUCUUUAUGGACGGUGGAAUCCACGCUCGUGAGUGGAUAGCCCCUGCCGUUGUCCUUUAUAUGAUCGAUCAGCUGGCUAACAACCCUAACUCUGACCCAGACAUCGCCAAUCUGAUGGACAAGUUUGACUGGUAUCUUGUACCACUUGUCAACCCGGACGGAUAUGAGUACACCAGAUCCAGCGAUCGUAUGUGGCGGAAGAAUAUGGCGAGCAGUUAUGGAACGCAUCACUCCUCUUUCCGCGGAUGUGGUAGUGACGAAAUGGGUGUGGAUCUUAACCGUAACUUCGCCUAUCACUGGAACCCAGCCAACGGUGGCAGUUACGACCAAUGUGAAGAAACAUAUGCCGGACCUCAUGCUUUGUCUGAACCGGAAACGCAGGCUAUGGCGCAUGCGCUUGACUCUGUAUCAAAUCAUACUUUGGUCUACCUCAACAUCCACAGUUAUGGACAGUACUGGAUCUACCCCUGGGGAUACACCUCUCAUCUACCCGCUGAUGCCUCAGAUUUGGAUCACCUUGGCCGAGUAGCUGCCUCUGCCAUAUACCACACCCACAGGCAUCGCUAUACUGUCGGCGAGGAUACAGUUGUUCUGUACUCUGCCGCUGGGGGCGCUGAUGAUUACGCUAAGGGCCAUUCCGGUAUCAAGUACGCCUACACAGUAGAAUUGGGAGACACCGGUCACUAUGGUUUCAUACUUCCGGAACGUUACAUUCAGCCUUCCGGCCAGGAAAUUUGGGCCGGUGUUAAGGCUAUGGCUCACGAACUGAUUAGGGAAUACAGUCUCUAGGCGUGGUUAAUACUGUAAACAAUUAAAUAUUAAACUUCUUUUGUUAUAACUUGUUAAA